AUGUAUUCGAUAAGUGUCAAUCUCAACGACGACGAUCCAGAUAUAAAAGUGCGUGAGUUAGCCUUAGAUAUUCCCAGUUUAGAACCUAAGCUAAACGUUGUUAGCUGCUGCAAUGGGUACUUCUUGUUACGUGACACGGAUUAUAGAGCCGUGGUUUGGAACCCAUGGUUGAAGCAGAGUAGAAUGAUUGAGGCCAAAGAAAAUUUCAGGUUAUGUGGCAUAGGAUACGAUAGUUGUAGUCCCGAAAGGAUUUACAAGAUCGCUGGGUAUACUUUCUGCGUUGGUAGACCGAUUGCAAGGAAGUAUUCUUUUUACCAUCAUCAAGAUACUUCCACGAAUAAGGUUAAAAUGGUGAAAGAGAAGAAAUUGAAGGUUAUAAGGCCUCUUCGAUUUGUCAUCUACGAAACUGCAACCAAUUCGUGGAGGUAUCUUGACGAUGUCCAAUCGACAGCAAAGUCCCCAGGAUUUUGUGGAUCUAUAGAUUAUAAUGUGUCCUUAAAUGGAAAUUUGUAUUGGACUGCUGAUAAUCUGGAAACUUGUUUCAUCCGAAUGCUCCACUGUUCGAAAGAGAUAUUGAAGCCCUUUUGUAUUCUACCUUGCACGAAGAAUGAUCCUAACCAUAAAUUAGGUUCUCAUGCCCUCACAGUUUUCAAGGGAGAUAGGUUUUCGUUUUUAGAAGAAUGCAGUGAAACGAGGAAGAUUGAGAUCUGGGUGACAAAGAAGAAAAUCACUAAUGGUGAUGAUGGAGACGAUGUGGUGUUGAUUAAGUUCAUGAGUGUCGCAAUGCCUAACUUCUUUUAUUUACGCAACGAGUUUACAAGCUACUUGGUCGAUGAUAAUAUCAAUGGAAAGAGCUUCGUCAUGUGUUGUCGCGAGAAGACGAAACAGGCUUGCGUCUAUAUUGUGAGGGGAGAUAUGUGCAGAACGAUUAAAAUAGAGAAAGUGGUUGGUGAAUUACAACGCUGCUGUGUUUAUGUUCCCAGCUUGAUCCCCAUCCCUUGA